AUGUCAACAGGACAUCCUCAGGCUGAGCUCAGCAUCUCCGCAUCUGGAGCCGUUCCAUGCCCUGCGUACACAGCUAUCGAUCGCAUAUAUGUCGAAGGAGGGCUCUAUGUGAUAGGUGGUGUAAACGCACGUAUCAACCAGAGAGAACAGCCAGUAAGAUUUGGCGAGACCCGCGAUUACUCUGCCGUGUUCGAAUGGGUUGCCGAUCAGUUCGUCGCUUUCUACGAUGUAACAGACCACCGAGGUUGGCUAGUAGAUGGCGCUUCCGCAUUGCUCCACCUUGUGCGAACGUCUUUGCAGCUGGAAGAGAUCAACCCUGAAUCUACCUACCAUUGGGUCUUCGAGAAAGACAAGUUAGAAGACGACUGGGCAAAUUUCAGUGGACGUGCUGCGUCGAUACGUACACUGAAGAGUUGGAAGAAUCGUGCACUACCCGUCUACAUAAAGAACCAGACGUUCUCAAAUGGGCAGCCGGUAAACACAUACUCCACCUUUGGAGAUAGAGUGGAUAAAGUUUUGCAUUCGCUUGAGCUCCUUAUCGAAUACCAAACCCGUAUUGCUACGGAAAGCGGUAUCAGAGUCUUCCAAAGUCUGGAUGCCAGGAAAUUCCUCUUAGGUUUCGAUAUCCUAGAUCUUGUCAAGUCUCGACCUCAGUGCGUCCCUCGUAUUGAGCGGUUCAGCUCAGGGGAUAACAGCUGGGUCAGUUUGUUGCCUGCUAUAGGUGUGCUGCCAAUCUUCGGCAAGGGAUUCGGCGACCUCAUCUGUCCCAGCUACAACAACUGGAGACUGAGCUGGAACCAGGUGGAUUGA